GAGAAUUGGAGAGAGAUUGUACAGAAUAUGAAGGAAAUCGUGAAUUGCUCCGAACAAGAUAUUUACGCAAUGCUUGAAGAAUGCAAUAUGGAUGCUGACGAAGCCAUUAGUCGUCUUAUUUCUCAAGGUAGUUUUCAGAAAGUGAAGAGUAAACGAGACAAGAAGAAAGAGGCCAAAGACGCAUCAGAGAUUCAAAGACUUAUUAGUGGUAGCAACCGGUAUCGCGAAUUUAAGAGCGGCCGUGAUUAUUAUGUUGAUCAAAGUAGAGGAAACAAGCUUAACUCUUAUGAAACGAGUAAUGUGCAAGGAAGUCGUAAUCAUUUGGCUGGUUCAUCUACUACAGCCGGCAUUCUUAGUCCCAGUCCUCCAUUGAACAGUGCUGUAUCAAAUGUUGAAACUAAGAGAGUGCCAACAAGCUCAGGUGAAGCAGUUCCUUCUUUAUCUGUGCCAUCUUCUAGGUUGAUACCUGCUUGGGGAUGUGGUGCCUCUGGUCAGAGAACAGUGGCUGAUGUUGUGAAGAUGGGUUCAGCUUCACCAAAAGAGAGUGUAACUAAAGCUCCUGUCAAGGAUGAUUGUCUCUUACCUGAGAAUCCAGUUGUUCCUAAUCCAUUCUCUAACUCAUUUAUUGAGUCUGCUGCUAUAAGAGACCGACUUCAAGAAUCUGCUUCUGUAUCCAACCAAACAUUUCGCGAUGGAGGCUCACAGUUGUUGUGUGACAAUUACAAUAACAAAAAUGAUGAGACUUACCAAGUGAAAAGAUGUUCUUUUGAGAACAAUCGAACCAAAGAUCCUUUCGCGCCAGCAAAUUUAGACCAAUGUAUUAACGAGUUAAAGAAAUUGAGAUUUGGUCGUUUUGGUUCUGGGAUAAAUGGAUCUGGCGAACAUAGCAGUCUCCCAUCACAGUUCUUGAAUGAUGACUCAGAAGAUAUAUCCGGUUUUGCAGAUGAUUUGUCUCUCAGACGCCUGAACUUAAGAGAUGGUGAGUGCCAUGAAGAGGAACAACAACAACCAAGGAUGAAUGUUGCAAAUGAACAAAUGGCAUAUGAAAUCAACUGUGAUCAGACAGAACCUAUUCAAGAAAACCAGUACACGUCUUCAUCUGCUACAGGUUUCUCAUUUUAUAAUAGUCAGCUGUUCAAUCCUGUGAUGGCUUCUUCAGAACGAAGUCUUCAGAUGCAAAAUUUGAAUACCUUCCCCGACACUAUGCAUCAACAAGCAUACACGAGGGAACUGGAUCCUUGGCACUUGGCUUCUCCUCUCAAUCAGUCAAUGCCUGGUGCAUCUUCACUUGGUCGUAGGCUAUCACUUUCCAUGCCCGAGAUGAACCACCACCACCUUUACUCUCAGCCUAAUGUUCCAUCAGAGCAUUAUGGUAAUAUGAUGAACUAUCCUUACUCUCUGCCAGCACAGAGUGAUACCUACGACAUGCCAAUAUCAGCAUUUCAGCAACAUGGUGGUGGUAACAACAAUGCCUACCAUCUUCAUCCUUUAGUUUCACCGCUUCCUUUGCACAGAAACAGUUAUCCAUGUCAACCAACUGUCGCUGCCGGUCCUUCCACUCGUAGUUCUGCUUACGGUUCCACUACUGGUUCGGCUUACGAUUCUGCUAACGGUUUUGGCAUGUUGAGCGAUAACACUGCGAACUUGAGGUUUGAGUAUGAAGAUGACUUGCACACACGGUUUAGAAAUCGCUUGGCAUCACUUCAGCAUCAGGGUAUGAACUCAAAUAUGUGGACUCCUCCUCAAGGACACAACGAGUCAGGAAGGAAUUAUGGCAGCGUAUUCCCGGGUCAUCAGAAUCAACAGUCACUGAGUUUCAGACAUAACCAACAACAAGUAGAACAAGAGGAGCCUUAUAGAGGAAUUGGCAAUGCAUUUGAAAGAAGCAGUCGUUACUAUGCAUAUCUGGACCAACAAACCAGUAGAAGAGGAGACCCAUCUAACCAAACCCAACAACAGCAAUGGCCAAGAAACAACAACUAAUCAAAAUCAACCAAUCAAAUUUUUUUCUGAUACAUUUUACUUAACAACUUAUAAUGGGUUUUACAUUUACUAACCCUUCUUUGUAUGUAGUACUAUAAACUACUCUGUUUUGUUAAUAUGCCUUACCAUUAAAAAAGCUAAAAUAAAGUUUUCUGAUUUCA